AUGUUUCAAGAUUGGGCUAUUACUUUUAGACAUAUACAAAUUUCGGGAUUAUCUACUAUAUCAUAUAUAUUUGAUUUUAUUUUUUAUUCAGUAAUUUUAAUUUUAUCUGUAACAUUAGGAAGGAAUAUACCUCCAAAUUUUCAUGAAUUUCUGUUAUUUGAUUUACUGAUUAGGUAUACUUUUUUACCACAAGCUACUGUACCGGUAUGGUUAUUAAUUUUAAUUUCUGCUGGGAUACCAUUAGCUCAAUUUGUAUUUUUUGCAAUUUUUACAACAACUUCAAUAAAACGUAGAUUAUGGGAUUUUUUUGCAGGUUGUUUAUGUUUAUUAGGAGCUCAAGCUACUCAAAUUUGGGCAGUUUCUUUACUUAAAAAUAUAACUGGUUUACCAAGACCUGAUGCAAUUGAUAGAUGUGAGCCAAUGAUUCAAACUAUUCCAUUUACUCAAUUAUCAAAUGUUGCAAUAUGUACACAACCAAAUUGGAAUUUUGUAAUGGAAGGAUUUAGGAGUUUCCCAUCUGGACAUGCUUCUACAGUAUUUUGUGGAAUGAUUAUAACUUCAUUAAAUAUGGCUGCAAGAUUACAAACUUUUGAUCAUAGAAAUAAUUCUUUUAAAGUGUUUUUAACAAUUUUACCAAUUUUAGGUGCUAUAUUUGUUUCAAGUACAAGAGUUAGUGAUAAUAGACAUUAUUUAAGAGAUGUUAUAGCAGGAAGCUUAUUAGGUGGAUUUGUUGGAUUUGUAUUUUAUCAUCAAUAUCAUCCAAGUAUUUUCAAAUUAAGAAAUAAUGGUAGAGCCUAUUCACCAAGAAGAUUUGGUAUACAUAGAUUUUUUGGUGUUGGAGGAUUUUGGAGAAUAAAUGAAGAAGAUUUUGUGGUUGAAGAUGUUGAAGAAUUAAGAAGUAUUGGGAAUGAAGAAAUUGAAAGGAAAGCUUUGGAAAAUGGAAAUUCGGAAAUUCAUGUUGAUUCAUUAGCUGAUAAUAUAAGAUAUGUAGAUAUGAUAUAG